UUUUUUCCCAUAAAUCAUGCAGUACGACUGGCAUGAUAUCUUACCUCUAACGUAACUCGCUGGGAGUCUAAUAACCAGCUUCGACAAGUCAAACAAUUAACGUCUCGGCGAAGCUAUCUUUUUCGAGACCGAGUAGUCUUAUAAAAGUCCAUGAUCACAAAGCGGAAACUGGCGUAGCAUAAUACCAUGAGUGAGACAGAUACCUAACGAUACUGAGAAUGAUUGUCAGUGAUGUCUCGCGUAAAAGUCCCUAAAAUUUCACAUAGCCAAUCGCUUGUACAGAUUGUAGAUGGAGCUGAUGCAAGUCCAGGAGCAUAUUUUCUAGAUUCUAGAUUCUAGAGUACAAAUUGAUACAAAUGAUUGUGCAACAUUUUACAAAAAUAUAGUUUUGUUUCGGAUAUGAUAACAAAACCUCUACGGUAAAUAUUUCUUAAGUUGUUCAACAGAAUUGACUAACUUAAUGGCAAUGAAAAAAGAGCACGUGCUACCAACAUUUUGAUAUAUAUGUAACUGUGAAAUGUGUAUGUUUUGUUAAUUAGCACAAUUCAAACUUUUUACGUUAAUAUUUAAUGCAGGUAGAAAUUUUUAAUUUUAAUAAUGGUGAAGAACAAAGUUUAUUAACAGGAUUCUUUGCCUGCUAACUGUACCGAUAUUCAAACUGGUUAGGAAUAUUUGAGAUACAUAUUGUAGUCAUUAUGUAGUGUAGAGAUGUCCAAGAGGUUAGCUAUGAGAUUCCUAAUGAUGUGUGUACACCAAUGUACAUUACACGACGGACUCCCUGGCUACACUACUAACACCAACCAGUAUCAACAACAGUACUAACCUUUGACGUAUUAUAAAAUGGAAAAAUUUCUCUUGCUGAACCUGAAAGUAACACCUGAUGAACGUAAGCAGAUAACUGGUACAUUCAAAACAUUAUGUACAGACGAAGACAGAAUAGAAUUUACUUUAAAUGUGAUGUUAGAAUAUAAUAUAAUUCCUGAAGUACAUCGAAAUCCUAAAAAUGCUGAGGAAGCUGAGAAAUUUAGAGCACAAGGUAAUAAGAUAUAUGUUUCUAAACCAUUGACAAAUGUUUCUUGCAUAGAAGCUUUAAAACUAUACACUAAAAGUAUAGCGAACGCACCAUGCUCAUCCAAACAGCUUGCUCUAGCGUAUGGUAAUAGAUCUGCAGUUUUGUUAAAGUUGCACAGGUAUGAAGAGUGUAUUAGAGAUAUAGAGCGAGCAUUAGUUUUAUCAUGUCCAGAUAAUUCAAAAGCCAAACUUUAUAUGAGGAAAGCUGAAAGUUUGAAGGCUUUGCAGAAAAAAAAUAGUUCUCUGGAAUAUACCAAUGAUACAGAAUUAAAUAAUACAAAUUCUUAUUUUGAAAUAAAGAGUUAUAACAAUGAAAUUCCAUGCGCAUCAGAUGCAUUAAGCUUGAUAUAUAAUGAAGAAUAUGGUAGGCAUAUUGUGGCGAAUCGUAGAAUAAAUCCUGGAGAAACAAUUAUCACAGAAACGUAUUAUUCAAAACUAUUACAUCAAGAUAAAUUGUAUACUCACUGCUCAAACUGCUUAGAAGUGUGCUAUGCCAACAUACCUUGCAAUAGUUGCAUUUAUGCCAUGUAUUGCUCCGAAGAAUGUAGAAUAGAGCAAUGGAAGAAGUGUCAUGAUAUGGAAUGUGCAGUAUUUCCCUCAAUGUUGAAGAUGAAAUAUAUUACAGAAGAUUUAUUUAGCUUAAGAUUAGCCAUACAGGCUGUGAAAGAAAGUAAUAUAGACGAUUUAAGAAAAGAAUUGGAAGAAGUUGAUAGGUACAAUGAUCCUCGUACAAAAGGUUUCUCUAAGAAUGGAAUUUUUGAAAGUAAUCGGUACAGAAGUUUAUUAAGUCUUAUAACCAAUACUGAAAAACGUUCAUUCGAUGAUCUGUUUACCAGAUGUCUGGAUAGUUCUUUCAUUUUGUAUUUUUUGGCUACAUGCACUAACAUGUUCGGAAAGCCACUGAAGAAUGAUUUGUCUCUAUUAAUGAAGAAUCCUGAUGUCAUAUUUGUUGGUGGUCUGGUGUUAAGACAUCAGCAAGUAAUUCCUAGUAAUGCACACUCGAUUUCAGAGGAACACGUAGUUACCGAAUAUCGUGGUGCUGGCAUAUUGCCAUUUUCCAGUUUGCUCAACCAUAACUGCAAUGCAAACACGACAAGGGUUGAUAGGGGCAAAAAUAUGUCCGUAAUAACCAUAUAUCCUAUUAAACCAGGUGAACAGAUAUUUUGUGAUUAUGGUUAUCAAUAUGGCCUUGGUAAAAAAUCUGAGAGGCAAAUGAAACUUUUGCGACAGUUUCAUUUCAACUGUAAUUGUGUAGCAUGCCGGGAAGAUUGGCCAGAAUACUAUUACUUAAAAUCUGCAAUAACUCCUACAAUAGAUAAUGACCUCAAGAGCAAAAUCCUUAUAAUGCUAUUAAAAUUCUCCGACUACUUUGACAUCGUUAAAGCAGGCGACCUGGAUGAUAAACCUUAUAUUCUACCUGACAUAAUCGAAAUGAUUGAAAUUUUACAUGAAAAGGUGCCAUUACCUAACAGAGAAAUUACUAAUGCGGUAGAGAUUAUGAAACAGAUCUACGCUCUACAGGGAAAUGUUUUUAGGCUUCCUCAACUGUAAAGAGAUUUUCCCCUUUUAUAUGUAUACAUCAGAAGUCAAUCAAUGUCAAAUUUUUUAACAAGAUAACAAUUUAGAUAAUUAAGUCUUUUAAUUUAGGCAUUUCCUAAGAAGGGUAUCUAGAGUAUUUUCUUUAGCUAUUUACUAUAAU